CCUCUGUUCAGUUCCCCCAUGUCCUUCUUUUUAUAUUUGGAUAGAAAAAUAAAAAUAUCCAAAAAAUCAAUUUAACUUUAAUUUCAAUACAAAAUAAACUGAACUGAAAUGGAAUCAAUUCUAGCCAAACUCCUAGUGCCAAGCAACAGCACAAUUUUAGAGGGUACUAAAGAGCUAAAGGAGGCUUUUCAGAAGCCCGAAGCCGUCCCGGCCCUGUGCGAUGUAAUAGUCGGCUCCACGGACCCCCAAAUCAGGCAAUCAGCUGCUGUCUUACUGCGGAAGAGAUUUGGUAAACGGAGACACUGGUAUAAGAUUCCCGUGGAUGUAAGGCUAAGGAUCAAACAGGGUAUGCUACAGGCCUUAGUCAAUGAGCAAGAAAAAUUUGUCAAAAACGCCAUAGCUCAAUUUAUAGGAACUAUAGGCAAAUAUGAGUUUCCUGAGGAUACUUGGCCAGAAGUUUUGCAAUUUGUCCAUACAUUAUGUAGCAGUGACAUUCCUGCUGAACAAGAGGUCGGCAUGUAUACUCUUUCGAUAAUGACAGAAAUGUCCAACAAAGUCUUUAUAGUCCAUGCUGCCUCAUUUGCAGUCCUCUUCACCCAAACCUUCAAUAAACUACCACAGCCCAAUACAAAUGUCGCUUAUUACACUGUUGUGACGAUGAAAAAUUUGGUACCGCUUAUAAGUGGACAACAACAAAUAGUUAAUGUGUACCAUCAGUUAUUACCAAAAAUACUAGAAAUAAUUAAUGCUUUUGCAAUUGAAGACGAAAAAAGGGCCUGCGAUUUAUUCGAAAUUCUGGAGGAAUUAAUCGAGUACGCCAUAGCAGUAGUAGCUCCUCAUGUCAAACUGAUUAUUGAAAUGUGCCUUCAUAUUGGAAGCAACAAUGCUAUACCUACGUCAGUCCAAAUAAAAGCAGUCAGCGUCGUAGGCUGGCUAAUCCGUGCUAAAGGCAAGCUUGUUCAAAAAAAUAAGCUCGUAGAACCCAUAAUUGAUGUAUUGAUUCGCCUAAUGGCUCAACAACCUGAUGAUGAAGGUAAUGAGGAGUACUUUUUGGGAGACCCGGAUCAGUUUACUUCAAUUACAAUUGCCACACAGACUUUAGAUUUGAUUGCUCUACAUAUUCCUGCUGAUAAGGUUGUGCCUUAUUUACUUACAAAAGUUGAACCUGCCAUCCAAGGUCAAGACAUCUAUGCACAAAAAGCAGCUUAUUUGGCUCUUGCGGUUCUGGCUGAGGGAUGCUCUGAACGUAUAAGAACCAAAUACCUGAAUGAGUUUUUAAAAUGUGUCGGUGCAGCUAUUCAUAAUCCCAAUGCGGUUGUAAGAAAUGCUGCCCUGUUUGCUUUAGGUCAAUUUGCCGAACAUUUACAGCCUGAAAUCAGCCAAUAUGCUUCAGAUUUGCUUCCAGUGCUGUUUGAGUGCCUUGCACAAGUCCUAAAACAAAUGGAAACUGAAAGGAAAGAUCCUCCAAGUUUAGACCGACUUUUUUAUGCUCUAGAAACAUUCUGUGAGAAUCUCGAAGAUGGGCUCAUGCCUUAUUUGCCAACUUUAAUGGACAGAUUAUUUGUUUCUCUAGCGCCUGAGGUUUUCUCUAUUCAAUUAAAAAAGAAUGCGCUCAGUGCUCUAGGCGCAGCCGCCACAGCAGUCAAAGAAAGCAUUCUACCAUAUUUCCAAAAAAUUAUCGAAAUCCUCAAUUUUUACAUCAAUUCCGAUCCCAACGCGGAAAUACACCAGAUUCAGUGCUACGCCAUCGAAGCUUUGGCGGUUGUGGCUCAAUCUAUUGGCGUGGAAAAUUUCAAGCCUUUGGCAACCGAGUCUUUGCAGCUGGGAAUGAGGAUUUUGGAUCAAACUACCGAUCCAGACGUGAAGAAAAGUGUUUACUCGCUUUUUGCCGCCCUGGCGAUUGUCAUGAAAGAGGAACUGAGUCCUGUUUUGCCUAAAAUUGUACACGAAAUGAUGGAGAGUAUACAGAGUAGUGAAGGAAUUGUGUCUCACUAUGAUGAAGAACAAAAAGAAGACAUCGACGUAUAUGCUGGACUAUCAGACGAUGAUGACAAGGGAGAAGAAGAUAUUGAAGAUGAUUCUUCAUCAAGUGAUGAUUCCCAGUGUCGGUACUCUGUUGAAAACUCUUACAAUGAAGAAAAAGAGCAGGCUUGCUUAGCUUUGAGGGUGAUUUGUGCCAAUACUGGGAACGCAUUUUUGCCAUACAUUGAGCAAACUUUUGACGAAAUCUUCAAACUUAUCAACUACCCUCAAGACGACAUUAGGAGGGCUUCUGUUGAAGCAUUGCAAGAAUUUUGCAUUGCUUUACAUAAGGUAAAUACUCCAGAAUCCAAAGAGGCCCUCUACAAAUUCCUGGCAAUGUUUAUACCAAAAUGUUCUGAGCUUAUUCGUAUGGAUGAAGAGCGGUCAGUAGUAAUGAACUGUCUUGAUGCGUAUUCAGCUCUUCUGGAUGAAAUUAAAGGAGAAGUUUUUGUCGGAGACGGUCAUAGGGAGGCUAUAAUGAACUGCGUUGUAGAUGUUCUAACUAUGAAGACAAUGUGCCAAGACACAGACUUGGGAACUCAAACUGACAACGAAGACGAUACUGAAGCUGAACAAGACGAACUCCUCCUAGAAUCGGCUGGAGACGUUAUUCCCAAAUACGCAGCUGCCAUUUCCCCAGACGAUUUUGCGUUAUAUUUCCCUAGCGUUCUCAAACUUUUAUCCGCAAGAACUGCCAAACAUAGUAGCAUCAGUCAACGUUCUUUUGCUUAUGGAACAUUAGCUGAAUGUAUGAAAUCGCUGGAUGUGUAUGUGGAAAGAUUUGUGCCAGAUCUACUAAAAAUGUGGCUUACUGGGGCUAAAGAUUCCGCUGAAGAAGUUAGAAAUAAUUCCAUUUUUGGACUCGGGGAAAUGGUUUUGCAUGGGAAAGAUAGAGUCUUCAAUUACUACAAUGAAAUUUUACAAUCUCUGUCUCAAGCUGUAAGCAAAGAAAGCCACUCUGGUACUUUAGAUAAUAUUUGCGGUGCUUUAGCUAAAAUGAUAAUGGCUAAUCCUGGAGGAAUACCUUUGGAGCAGGUCAUUCCAGCAUUUAUCCAAAAACUUCCUCUAAGAGACGACUUCCAAGAAAACGAAGCUGUGAUAAAAUGUUUUGCCAUGCUUUACCAGCAAGGCAAUCCGGUGCUGAAGCAACAUCUUGGUGAUGUCAUGAAGGCCUGUGUUCACGUUUAUUAUAAAGACCAGACUCCCAAUGAAGAUACUAAACACAUUUUGAUAGAAUUCAUCAAGACUCUCAACAGAGAUUUCGCUCAAGAUUUUGCGCACGCUGUAAGUUCUCUGGGACCAGAAGCGACGGGUGCUAUACAAAAAUUACUUUCGUCUUAAGAAAGUAUAAAAUAUAGCCGAAUAUUUAUUUAUUGAACCACGACUGCGUCAUUAUUCAUCAAAAUUUGGUAUUUUAAUGUGGCAGAAAUUACGUUUUUCUUAGAUGAAAGGAUAUUUUAGUCAUUCUAUUUACAGCAAAUUAAAUAUCUUAUAAUUUUUAUGAGUUUUAAGUUACAUACUCUAUAAUUUUUUGAGCCUAAAAUAUCCUUUUAAUAGGUUUUGGAAUAGCCGCAUUCCUACUGGGUGUUACCAAUAUUGAAAACCGAACUGUUUAAUAAUGACUGGGAUAAUUUUUAACACUGUUUCAAUGUGAUUUUUUUUUUAUAUCGAUACUAACUAUUGCAUUAAAUGUUUAUUGGUUGAAUAGUUGUUGCUUUUGAAUUCGAAAUUAAAAAUGUUUUGAUAAUUUUUUUUUUAGAAAAUAUAAAAUAUGUUCAUAUUUAUUGUUUAUAUUUUAAUGUUAUCAAUAAUGUGUUGAUAAUAAUUGUCAAUAAAGCUUAUGAUUUUGAGAUUAA